CAGGGUUAGCACACUUGUGCCUCAUUUCAUUUGUUAGCGAACUAUACGCAAGAACCAGUCAUAUUUCUUAUCUCACUUCUCUUGUGAUGUCAAAAAAGAUGCCGACCUUGAUGUCUAUGCUGAUUCAGCGUGGGAGCUGGCUCAUAGAUGGUCAUGACAGUGACCAGAAUGGCCAGUGCAAACUGCACGAGUGCGACAACAUGGCAAUACCCUUGUCAUCUACCUACCAUUGCAUGGGAAGAGGUUGCAUUUCUACAGCAGAAACAACAACAGCAACGCAGCAGACAAUUCAUCUCUAUCAUAAAUCUCUGGGAAAGAGAUGUAGAGUCAAGUCCUCUUUCGCAUCGGGCGGGACAGAGGAUGACUACUACUGGUACUACUAUCCUCCAGAUGCGAACAACGAGCGAUCAAACCUGGACGAGCGUGUUCCUUUGUUUUCAGAGAUCGACAACCUGGGUGUUGUUCCAGGAACGUUGAAGCAAAUAGCGAACGAACAAGUUAAGGCUAGUUUCUCAUUGUGCUGAACCUUUCUUGAUACAAGUUCAGCCAUUGAUCGUUAGGCAGAAUACUUAUACUAUAGGAUGGGGGUGUCAUUCUAAGCAAUACCAUGAAGGGACUGUCGUCCUGAGUACGUGAGUGGGUACUGUACAUCGCUAGACCUCGGAUCAUCAAGCUUCAAAUUUAUAAUUUAGAAAUGUGAAAAACUCGCUUUCUAAGCAAGGCAUGUUCCAAGAGCUUGGGGGACAGUGGACCACGUGUUUUCGACGGCCUUUGAAACAGAAACGUCCUAAAGCAGGACACCCACCAGUUUACCCGGACUUUCGCCAAGUUUGGGCUUCGGGUUUCGAAUCGAAUCCUAGUAGUGCGAAAGUCCGAUGGCUCCUGCUCGCUGGUGCAGAACCGACUGGAUUAGACUCGCAAUUAUGAUGACCAAGCAGAGGGUGCUGUGUAAGUAAAAAGAGUAAAGCGCACGAUCAACAUAUACAUAGUCUUUUUUUAGCUUGAAGGUCACCGUGUUGUGAUGGCGACGCCGAGGCACCCUAUCCUAUCCUAUACUAUCCUAUCUCUUCCUCGCCUAUCCUAUCCUCCUUUUAGUCUAAGAGUUCCAUUGAUAUUGAAAUCCGCUUCACAGUGGCGAUUUCUAAUAGAACGGGCGAUCGGUGCCAGAUUUAAUGAGGGCGAUAGCGAGAACCCGGACUGGAUUUGGUGUCUGUGGAACAAGAAGUAUAAGGAUGGUGUGAAAACAAGCGACUUCAUCAAAAAAGAUACUCCUGGGCUCUGGAUACUCUAGGGACAGCACGAGACUCAUCGAUAACAAUGCGCACCGAAAAAAAUACGAGAAUUUGAAUGUUACGAGAGACUGGUGCAGUUUUUUCUUACGACUCACUGAAUACUUUUGAUGUCUGAGUAGAGGUUGAAUUCAA